UAUUUAAAGUGGGAGUGUAAAGAUGGCAGCCAAAGUCAGCAAAUUAAACAUGGCUCGAUUAAGAAGAAGUUCAGUGUUUUCAGUGUUCCAGUUAGAUCUCCUCCGUGAAUUGCUCUGCGUCCUGGUGGCUUUUUGUGUUCUGACGCAGCAGUCGCUGGCAGACCAGCAGGAGUUUUUCGAGGAUUUUCUGAAGCGGGAGUAUUCUCUGGUGAAACCGUAUCGAGGACUGGGCUUCUCCAGCUCCUCCCAGUGGGAUCUGAUGGGAACGGCCGUGGUGACGCCUGACCAUGUGAGGCUGACCCCAGACCAGCAGAGCAGACAGGGAGCGGUGUGGAGCCGGAUCCCGUUCGUCUUGAGGGAUUGGGAACUUAGAGUUCACUUUAAAAUCCAUGGCAUCGGGAAGAAAAACCUAAACGGAGAUGGACUUGCCAUUUGGCUAACCAGAGAUCGCAUGCAGAAUGGUCCCGUUUUUGGCAACAUGAAUCAGUUUGUUGGACUUGGAAUAUUUGUGGACACUUACCCAAACACAGAUAAGACCCAUGAUGUGAGUAAAACCUCCAACAUCUCUCUGAACCCUGUUUUCAUCUCAUGUUCUAAUGUUGCCCACCGGCUAUCGACAGAUAACCAUGACAUCAUCUCAAUAAAAGUGUACCAGCUGACUGUAGAGAGGACUCCAGAGGAAGAGGAGGAGGAAGAGGUGAUCACCGUCCCGCGGUUGGACGACAUGUACCAGUUUCAAGUGGACGUGGAGGAGGAGGGGAUGAGUGGGCUGCAGCUGUUCUUCACCCUGCUGUUCUCCAUCCUGGGCCUGGCCGUGCUGGCCGUGGUGGGCCUGGUGCUCUACGGCCGCUGGAAGGAAAACAAGCGCAAACGCUUCUACUGAGAGGCGCUGCUUCUCAGAACACAGGUCCUCGGUGCACAUUAGAUCAACUAGAGACCGCCGUGCUGUGACUAGAACUCAGACCGACGGCCUUCUGGGUCGAACGUAGAGAGAACACGAGCGGGAUGGACAGAUAAGUCAGGUGGAUAGUGUUUUUAUAUCUUUUUUUUUAAGUUCUCUGGAGGAUGKGAAGGUCUCAGCAGGUUAUCUGCUGAGUGAGGCUCUGUCCUCACCAACAGGAGGCAACAAAAGAAUCAAGUUUCUGGAAUCAAAUUGCUGCAUGGACUUCACUGACGUCAUGAUAACGGGAGUUCCCCCACCUCUGGGGGAUGCUCUUCAGUCACUUCACAGGUUGCACCUGUAAACAAAGUAAAGAAAUAAAACUCCUGCAUUAUAACAGAAAACAUUUUGGAAGCUGCUCCAGUUGCAGUCCUGUUAAAGUAGGUAUUGUCUACUUGCAGCUGUUAUCACUGUUAUUUGGUGUCUGAAACUCRAACUGAAKACUAAUCUAACGGCACCAACAGCAGAGCAGACUUUUACAGUUUUAAAAGAACAACAUGGACAGAAGCCAAUGCUUAGUUAAUGCUGAAGUUUGAGGCAGCGCACCACCAAUCAUCUUCCUGAGGGAAACACGGACAAAUAUCUGAGGAAAGUAAAGCAGUGUAAAUAUGAGCACUGCUUUGCUGUUACACCAGGCAGGAAGUUUGACCCUAAAUAAGUUCCGUCCUCAGCAGGACAUUAAUUGGUGACGCACCRCCCUCAACUGCCACUUCCUAUUUAGUCAUUGGUUUCUCAGUCAGUAGCUCUGAAAGUGAAAGGCCUGUAAUAAUGAGAUGGUUCCAGCCGCCAUCUUCAGCCUCCUAGAACAACGCAUCUGGGUUUAUCUAAAUGGACAUGCCAGCAAAUGUUUACCUACUGCCUGUGUUUUUAAUCAGGCAGUAUCUUUACAUCCUCUGUUCUCACUGCCGGUUUCAACAGGAAAAUCAUUGGUGAAGCAAGGUCACAAAAAAAAUCUGAAUUAUCCCUUUAAGUUCCUUUGUUCUGCUAGGAGGGUAAAUUUAGCUCCAGUUUUUAUAUCUGUGACAUCACAAAUUUAAUUAUCCAAUCAUGGACAGAUUGAUUCUGCCUCAGUGAUCCAAACAAUUCUGUAAGCAAUUGCUGUCCUUUGAUUGGACAACUAGGUUUGGCAGUAAGUUCAGGCUGACCAAUCAGUUUGAGGUGUGAAAACAUCAGAAGUAUUCAGAGCACAGGAGUUUCAGGAAAAAUGUGACUCCUGGAAAAAAAAGUUUUUUAGACUUUCACUAAAGUUUUUCUGUUUACUACAGAAACUCCUCAGGGACAUGAAGGGAUUUCCUUUUCUUUUAUGAUACCUAGCAAAAGUAUUAGUUUCCCUCACAAAUGUUUUGCGUUCUCUCGCAAUAAUGUACGAAUCAGUUCAUGUUGAAUCUUGAAUACUGAAAGUUUUUCUACUACAAUAUAAGGGUUUUGUAAGGUUCUUUCAUGUAUGUUAAAAUCUCGUUGAUAUAUCUCAACUUUUAAACCUUUUUCUUUAGGAUACACAUGAACAUGGGCUUUCAUUCAAGACAGAAACUGUCCUUAAGAAAAACUACAUACAAAGUAUUUGAACUAUAUUUGAGUUAUUUUCAUGGGAAAAAAACUGGAAAUGUACAUAUAUAAGCCGCACCGGGCUACAAGCCACUGGCAUCUCUGCUGAUCUCUGUUUUUCACAAGGAC